CGAACAAAAAGAACAACUGAUGAUCUUUUAAAUCGUAAAUGUUGAGUUACAUCAGUUGAGCUUUCAAAUAUAAUUCUCCAUAAAACGUCGCACGAAUUCUAAGCCAGGAACUGAAUCUGUCAUGGAGAUGACUUCGUUCACAAGAAGCGAGAGGGUUGUGGAAAGAAUUCUUUACACGUAUGAUGUGGCCAUUAUUGCAUGAUAAGAGAUUAACGCCUCAGUGAAAAAUAUCAGGAGGAACCUAGGCAUUUUGAAAGCCGCAUAAACGUGAUAACUAGGAAAAUUUUUUUCCUGAGGUACGAAUUGGUAAAAUUUUACAAUCGACGUGCUACUCUGGUUAAAGAAUGCUAUGACACUCGCUUUAGUAUUCCUGGUGCUUUUCUUCCUGACAGUCCGUGCAACACAAGCGGUCGAAUGCUUGGAGCCAGCAUCAAGAGUAAUCAGCCGCUGGAAGAAUGGGAACUACUAUAAAGGCGAGAUUGAAUCAAUAACUAACAGGGUGAAUGUAUUGUUUGACAACGGAGCUCGACUGGCAUUUAACCCCAGGGAUAAUGUGGACAUAGUUGUGGAUCGUAUUCCGGAACAGAACGACCUACCCUGGGGAAGUCAGAUUCUGGUCAAUCGGCCCAAGUCUCGCGCGUUCGAGAUUGGUUACAUACGAGACAUCAAGAAUGGCCGAUAUGUUAUUUUGUACGAGGAUGGAGAUAUGAUACUGCACUCGCGUGAUCAAAUACGAGCAUUUAAUAAAUCAAAAUUGUGUGAUGAACCCGCCUACUUGGGCUGUUUCCGUGACAAUCUCCCCAGGGAUCUCGAGGUAUACAUUCCCACCCACCCGGCCACCAUCGGAGCAUGCGUGGAUACGUGCAAGUGGCAAGGGUUUAGCGUUGCAGCUUUGCGUAAUUCAGAUUUGUGCUUCUGUGGAAAUGCUUACCGGAAGGCAAAUCAAGUACCAGAUGCAAAAUGUGAUAUGCCUUGUUACGACAACUCAUUUGAAGUAUGCGGUGGAUUUAUGACUUUUUCACAGUAUUGGACGGGAAUUGUGGACUCUCCGCCUGCUGGAGGAUUUCCUGGGAUACAGAAGCAUUUCAUUCCAUCAAAUCAUCCAAUUCCUUGGCAACUACUUAUGCACGCUCGUUCAAGAUACCCUCCCCGAAACAUGCCUGGAUCAACGCGCGGUGCGGCCUGGUACCAAUCGUAUCCGUACAAAGGAAUGCAGCUAGUGAGCGGGUGGAGAAAUUAUCCCUCGUCAUACCAAGGUAAACUAUUCUACCCACCGAGUGGUUAUCAAGGAUAUCAACAGUAUUAUGGGGCGAAACCAUAUACGACAAAUUAUAACGCCAAUCAUUUUCAACAGCCCUCUUCGGCAUAUAGUUACCAAGCAGAAGUUGCAAAUAACCAGGCAAAAGUAUACGGUGCUUACCAAGGUCAAGCAUACCGCUGGCCUUACAACUACAACAGCUACAAGUAUAGCGACUACAACGUUCAAAAGGGAGCCACGAACAGACCAUACAGCAGUUAUCAGAAAACGUAUCAAAAGAGACCCGCACACAGACCCUCGCCACAGGAACACGCAAAAUUGAUGGGUAUGCUCAAAAAAGUCAGUUGGAAACUAUUCAAAGAAAUCACUGGAACAUCUAAGUUAGCGUUGGCUGCUCCUCGAUUCCUGGGUUGUUAUCAAGAUUCCGAGUCACGUGAUCUACCCACGGAAGUUCCUGUCAAACCGCUGACUGUAGAAGGCUGCGUCUCUAAGUGUGGAGAAACUGGAUUUUCUAUCGCUGGUCUCCAGUCCUCGACGCAAUGCUUCUGCGGCUCCACGUACAGCAAGUACGGGAGGCUCAACGAUAAGCAAUGCUCGAUGCGUUGUACUGGAAACUACCAGGAAAUAUGCGGUGGAGUCAUGAUGAACUCUCUAUACUACACAGGCGUCGGUCAGGCCAUUCCAAAUACAACACCAUCUGUAGAUCUAAGGACUCAACAGAUCACCUACACCAAAAACACGCCUCUAAGCUCCUAUACAGAAAACCAAUCUAAACACAAGCCAAGACCUCUUGUGCCGAUGAAGCCUUCACCUUUUCACAAGCUGCGUUUGCCAAAAGCCAAGCCUAAAGCUACUAAGGUCAAAGAUAAAACUUUAAAGAUCAAGCCCAAGAAAAUAACACAAUCAAAACAAAAAGAAGACGAAAGUAAAGGAAAGCCACUACCGAUGCAGGAUUAUGCAAAGUUGACAAAGAUGCUUCAAAUGUUAUCGCGAUGGCAACAGCCACAACCACUUAAGUUGAAGCCUGUUCAUAACGUAGCGAAGGUGAAACCCACUCUUAGCUACCAGGAGCUGAGGAAAGUGCUUGAGGACAUGACUCCAGAUAUUGUCAAAAAAAUUGCCAACCAAAUUAUUGCUCAUGACCGGAACAAAACUAGACUGAGCGACAUGAAGCCCUUGUCUGCCGAAAAAAGUUUAGAGGUGCACUUGGCGAGCAAACUGGCAGGUAAUAAAGAUGCGGGGUUUAAAAGAGUGCAUGUGAAGAGCCCUAACUUCAAGAAUUGGAGUAACAAGGGGAAUUAUAGAUCUUCGUCAAAAGUGAGGAACAAACAUGAGGAUGCUGUACUGGAGGACGAUGCUCAACCUUUACAGUUCGAUAAAAACGGCGACGCAGCAAAGGCACUACCGAAAAACACUUCAAAACAAAUUUUAUCCAAAGGAAAAGACCCGAAAGUAUCAUCGUCGGUGUCAGAAACUGGAGACAAAGACGUCCAAGGUGAUUUAGAAACAAAUGAGGAUCAGUUGCCCGUGGCAAACAAUAAAAUAGGCAGUGACACAGAAGAGUCUCUAAGAUACUCAACACAAAGGAUUUCUUCCGUUCAAACCACAGAUGGAAAUAAAACACAUCGCUUACCUUCAUUUAUUCCUAUUGCCGACAAAAGAAGAAAACACAAAUUGAAACACAAAACGAAGCAAUCUUCCCUCUUACACAGUCAACUAGAAGAAAGUACACAAAAUCAGCCUCAUGAUGAUUCAAAAUCAGAUGUACAAUCUAACAAACGAACAUUCGUGAAUUUCAUCAUAACAGAAAGUCACAACAAGAAAAAGAAACCUCUCAAGACAAAAAACGACUCCCUACGAAAGAAUGCAAAUCACAGAAAAAUUGCACACACAGCUGCAGCGAAUGUCUCUAGUAACCAAGAAAAAGUACACGCUCUAGAGAAGGAUUCGGUUCAAAAUGGAACAAACCAGAGUGAAGUUCACAUUGCAACAGAAGAAGUUUCGUCAACAAGUGAUAGAGAACCCACACAGGAUAUCGACGAAGUCUUUGACGUAAACGACAUAUCAAAAAACAACACCGUUGAGACGAAGAACAUAGAGAAAACAGGAGCAAAACUUGGUGACACAACUGUUGAAAAAGUAAUAAAUAGUUCACACGGAACAGGAGUAAAACAGUCAAAUAAUACGCUUCUCGAACAAGCAAUCAAGAUUGCCAAGAAAAAGAUUACACAUCCAUUAAUACUUUUGAAGUAUCCAGGUAUUCCACACAAAGUAUUACACGUGGAGGCCAAGUGGAAUGGCCAGUUUAAAGUUAAAGCAAACUGGAAGGAUGAGUCCGAAACAGUGAAAAAAUCUUCGAAAAAUUCCUUUGUGAAGAAAAAUAGUGUAAAAUUCAAAGAAAAGACAUCUAAAGGCAAGGAGAGGAACGGAGGCGACGACGAAGGAAAUGACGAGUACAAAUUCGAUGACAGUGGUUCUAGAAAUAAUCUAGUGUGGAAAAAAUAUCGAACACUGAAAAGUGAGGUGCACUAAAACUCAGUUGUAGA